AUGUUAUUACCAUUUCCCGAGUCCUACAAGUGUGUUGGUAUGUUCCAGGUAGCGUGGAUCUACAAGGGUACGGGUGGAAGGACUGUACUGACGGUGGCAACGCAGGUGAUCACCAAAAACCCGAGGGUGUCCAGCACCCAGGAAGCUCAGGCGUGGGUCCUCACCAUCACCAGCCUCACCAAGAAGGACCAGGGCAUCUACAUGUGUCAGGUCAACACAAAGCCAGUACGCAAGCAGAUGGGUUACCUUCAUGUUGUUGUGCCUCCAGUGAUCGAUGAUGUCAGCAGCAGCAGUGAUGUCACCGUAGACGAGGGCAGUGAUGUAGUGAUGACCUGUGAAGCCAGAGGGGAUCCCCACCCAGUCAUACGCUGGGUUAGAGAGGACGGUCGGAGAUUCAACCUCAACUUCUCUUCUACUGUGGAGGAGCAGGUGGGACGAUCACUGAAGUUGUGGUCAGUGAGCCACAACACCAGCGGUGCCUUCCUCUGUAUAGCUACCAACGGUGUUCCUCCCUCCGUCAGCAAGAGAAUCCUACUCACUGUCAACUCAUUACACACUCUCCUCUCUACUACAGUUGCGCCCAGGAUCGUGCAGGAGGGCGGGAGUGGGCGUGUGGGCGCACCGGCUGAGGGCGUGGCCACCCUCCUUUGCACUUUCCUCGCACGCCCACUUGCUGAGGUGCACUGGGACCGUGGUCCACGCCAGGUCAAAGUUCAUGGUCCAGGGGUCACCUUAGACACUAAUAGUGACCAGGAGACGGGGCUGUGGAGAUCAGUGCUGACCGUACACAUGCAGAGUGCCAGUGACUUCGGCCAGUACCGGUGCCUAGUUCGCAAUCGUCUGGGCACUGACCAAGUCACUUUCCAUGUUACUGAAAUCACCACCACCAGCACCACCAGCACCACCACCAGCACAACCACCACCACCUCACAGCUGUUUGUCCCAAAGGUUACCACCCCCCGGCCCGCCCACAACCAUCAACAAUCUUCCCAGCCGCCCUUCGUACCUUGGUGGAGUAUUUUGGCUGUGGAGACGACCACGUCAGUGAGCCAGAAAAGGUUCAUCCAGGAGAAGGAAGACUCAGUAAGGAUUGAUCCUGAGGACCAGCAACGACAAACUCCACUCAGUUUCGGAUCAUAUUUUGAUCACCCAUCGUUGGCGCCAUCAUUAACAUGGUCGUCUUCGUUGUGGGUGACGUGUGUGAUAACGAGUACAGGACUUACCGUUUUGCUCGCUGAUGUUGUCUCCUAAGACAUCUUCCAUCUUCUAGAUUUCUUUGUGACUACGAACUUUGGAUCUGCUGUUGUGUAGUGGAGAUGUGAGAACAGUGGAAAUGUGAGUGUUGUGGAGAUGUAAGAAUAGGGGUAACGUGAGUAUAGUUGAAAUGUCAGAAGAGAGGAAAUGCGAGUGUAGUGAAGAUGUCGUCAAAAGAGACAUUUUUAUUUUUUGUAGGUGAUGAGAAAAAGGAACUGGAGGAGGCUGAGGGUUAAUGUUGUUUGAGUGUCUGUGAAACAUUACCUGUCUCUUGGUUCACCGAGUUCUUGUAAGCGACCCGAGAUCCCAGCACACACUUAACGCGUUCAUACAUUCUUUACUGUUUCGGUCGGAGAUUUAACCUUUACUUUUUUGGAUGUGAUCUAAUCUUUAACGGCGUGGACUAGCGCAAGGCUUCGUAAAAUGAGCAAAAACUCCAUAGGUGUCCGGGGCCCAGGACUGUUCAACUGCCUCCCAGCAUAAGGGGAAUUGCCAAUAGACCCCUGGUUGUCUUCAAGAAGGCACUGGACAGGCACCUAAAGUCAGUACCUGACCAACUGGGCUGUGGUUCGUACGUUAGCUUGUUCGUACGUCAGCAGUAACAGCCUGGUUGAUCAGACCCUGAUCCACCAUGAGGCCUGGUCUCAGACCGAGCCGCCGGGGUGGAGACCCCCGAAACCCUCUCCAGGUAAACUCCACUGGGGUUAUCUUAUAACCACGACUCCAGUUAGGAGGACACUGCCCACGCAACUCCAACUGGAAGGAGAAUCUGCCAGGACCUGGAUCACUGUCUACAGGAAACUGAUGUUAUAAGCAAGAGAGACAAGCAGAAACGAUGAUCAAGGGAGGUUUUAUAAGAACAUAAGAAUGGAGGAACAGUGCAGAAGGCCUACUGGCCCAUGCGAGGCAGGUCCUUAUGAUAAUUAUUAGAGAAAGAAUUUGCAUGUCUCAGGUAUGGUAUACGUGAGACACCAGAAGCUUGGUAAACACAAGCUUGAUAUAUAGCACAUCUGCGUCUUAGCCCCCUCGCCCCUCAAAAAAAAAAUUUGUCUAUUUGUAGAGUACAUACAUA